GGUGUUGUUGCCUGUUGGGCACUGGACAGCUGGGUCAAUGCGGUGUUUGAAAUUUUAGCUACGUGUUCAAACUCUACUGGGAAUGUUGUUAUCAGCGAAACGGCUGAACUAGACCAAUGCUGUCGGCCUCUUAUCACGCACCGGUCAUUCGUGCAUUUCAUAUCUAAUUCGACGACUUCAAACAAUCGUUUUGAGGUGUAAUUAGUGUUACGAAGUUAUUUCCAGUGAUAUAGGUAUAACAUAUAUUGGAUAGAAAUCGCUUAUCCCUUAUUAAAAUGUACAAAUUCUUUUCAAUUUCCGUGAUAUUAUACUCCAUUUUUCAAUGCAUAAGUGCUAAAGGAACUGUGACGCUUGAUAGUUUAACUUUCGAUAAAAUUCUCUCGAAAUUUCAAGCCACUUUGGUGAAAUUCGACGUGGCCUAUCCUUACGGGCCGAAACACGACGAAUUCGUUAAAUUUGCCGAAUCAAUUCACAACCUAGAUAAUAUGCUAAUGGCUGAAGUUGGAAUUAAGGAUUACGGCGAAAAAGAUAAUGAAGACCUGGCAAAAAGAUUCAAUGUGGUUGAUAAAGAGAAAUAUCCGGUGGUGAAAUUAUUCAUUCAAGGAAAAAAGGAUCCAAUUACAUUUGAAGCUGAAAAUGAUGAAGAUUUCACGGUAGAUAAAUUACGAAGUUUUGUUAAACUGAACAAUGAAGACAUUUAUAUCGGAGCUCCAGGAUGCUACGAACAUUUUGAUAAAAUAUCACGAGAGUUUGCUUUGGAAAAAAACGCCCAAAAAAGGAAAGAUUUGUUACUAAAAGCUGAAGGAUUGUGGGACAAAGCUGAGGGAUUCCAAGAACAAAAAUCGGCCGAAAUUUAUGUAAAAACUAUGAGAAAAGUUAUUGAGAAAGGAGAUAAGUUUAUUUCCGCUGAAAAAGAACGUAUUAAUAAAAUUCUCAAAGGAGACGUCUCUAAAGAGAAAAAACAAGAUUUCACUUUGAGGUUAAAUAUUUUAGAUUCAUUUGUAUUAGUUCACGAUGAGCUGUAAUUCUUGUUUGAUACACGUCAUUUUGCACUGAGCCUUUCAGGUUUGUCAAUCGUAUGUACUUAAAAAAUUGUUUCUAAUGGGUUUUUGUAUAGAGAGAAGAAUCAUUUUUUAAACAGUUUUCGUGUUUUGUAAAUUCAUUAUGGUCUCAUUUUGUAUCAUACUUGUAUCGAACAUCAAGUAUUUUCUUGUGCUCAUAGCCACAUUCGUGCAAUCUUGAAAAGUGUUUUAAUUUAAUAGGUACUAACAUUAUUAUUAUUAUUUAAAUUUAAAUUAAUGGUGAACGUUCGUAUUUGUAUCGUACAUUAUGUGAUGAAAUGCAUUUAGAAUUUCUAAGCAAUUCCAAUUUUCAACCUUAUAAUUUUUAAAAUAUACCUACUUUUUCUUGUGCAA